AGAGUAUCGAGGAACAUACCAAUCCUUCAUGACAAAGAAAGAUCAACAUUUUUUUCGCAAGAAAAUAAUAAGAACAAGAAACGUUCUUUUGCAUAAAGUCAAAUCAAAGAAUGAAAUUGUCAUUGAUCUUAUUAUCAUCAUUUUUGCAGUUGAUUUAUGUCAAAGUACGCUCGAACGAAGAAGCAAAUGAUGAUAUCUAUGAAACAUGCCAAACAAGUCAGUAUGGAACGUACAAAGUUGCCCUUCGAUUCUGUGACAGAGGAUAUUGGCGCACAACUGGUCAACAGAAAACUCAUAGUGGUCAUCUAAAAACUUCUCAUGGUUGUGUGAAAACUUCUAAUAGUACCAAAAAUGGUAUUUUCACAAAACUAGCUACUUUUUAUGGAACAUCUUGCAAAGAUAUCUUAACGAAAUAUCCAUAUGCAAACUCUGGAGUCUAUUGGAUCAACGUCACCAAUCACCCGCCGAUUAAAGUAUAUUGCGAAAUGGAGACACAAGGAGGAGGCUGGACCUUAGUUUAUAGUUACACUUUCACACACUAUCAAGGAUUUAGAUUAACAAGGAAUGCCGUAACGCCUCGACCUAAUUGGCCGGCAAUGAGUGCUACGGUACCAGUUUCAACGACUCCGCCAUUAAAUCAAUCAUUAAGGGGCUGUAGAUUGGAAUCUUUGGAGGGAAAUUGGAAACGAGUUUAUGGUGACGUCAAAUAUUAAUGAUUGGAUUGUUUGUCAACCUAAAACUGGAAGUUUGGUAACAAAAAAGAUGGAGAUAUAUCAUGUCAAAAUAUCAAGAAUGUCGCUCAAGCAUGUAAAAACACAAGUCCUUCAUCUAUGCGAUGGUAUUCUGUUGGACCCAGCAUAAAAGCCAGUAAUUUUUAUUAUUUCUUUGACGGCAGCACAUUGCAAAAUGUUCCAACGCAUGAUCCAUGCGGCAAAGAUAAGCUUUCUCAAAAGAAAUAUGUUUCAAAUCCAAGAGGGAACAUUUAUAUUCGCUAAAUCUAACAAAGUGGAAGUAGCAACAGUAAUGUAAAUUUCCAAUUUCGUUUUUUCCAUUGUUUAUGGUAGCUAAAAAUAUUGAAAUAUAUAUCAAUUUCACAAACAAAA